UCAGGCAGACAGUGCAGCGGAGGGAUGUCCUCCUAGGUGACCGUGAGGCCCGAGCCAGCCAGACGUGGGGAUCCAGGAACAGGACGCAGGAACAGGAAUCUCCUCCUGAGUCAGUGCCACGACGCUGACACACCACGCUCCCCGGCACGGCUGCUCCGAUAAUCAGCAUCCUAUGCUAUUCUGCUCAAGAUGGCGGUGCAGGCAGCGGAAAAGGACGGAAUAGUGCUGAAGAAUGUGGAGGAUGACCACCUGAACGACUCGCUGGGGAACCCCGGCCUCAUCUCACCUGACAAGGAGGAUUUAUCGCGUCUCCUGACGGUGCCAUUCAGCGGGCGCAUCCGGGGCGGCAUGCGGCCAGGGAAGAAGAUCAUAGUGAUGGGCAUUGUCGACCUGGAGCCAGACAGCUUCAACGUCAGCCUGACCUGCGGCCGUGACUCGGAGAAGGAGGAGUCUCAGCAUGACGUGGCCCUGAAGCUCACCGCUCGCUUCACCGACCGCCAGUUCCUGCGCAGCGCCAAAGUCUCUGGGAAAUGGACAGAGGAGGAGGCGUCCACCGCCUACUUUCCCUUCAUCCCCGAUCAGCCUUUUAGGAUCGAGAUCCACUGCGAGCACCAGCGGUUCCGGAUAUUCGUGGACGGACACCAGCUCUUUGACUUUUAUCACAAAGUAAAAUCUUUGCCGUCUAUCGACACAGUACGGAUACAAGGAGACCUACAGAUCACCAAGCUCGGCUAGCUUCCCGCUCUGCAAGUCGUUUGUGAAGCGAGGACUGGAUCACAGAUGACCGCACACACACUCACACACACUCACACACACACAUAUGCGCCUGUUACGUCAUCACCCAUAACCCAUCAUGCAACGCUGCGGCCGCAUAGCCGCUGGAAAAAGGCUCCGGCAGCGACAAGUUAGAGUUUCUUCUGCUUCUUUUCUUUCUGUUCGACCAGGAUCUGAUACGACGACGAUGAUGAUGAUGAAGCUUUGUGGGUGAAUGUGUUUGCUCCGUUUUCAGGUAUCUGUCCUCGUAGCCCCAGUUUUGUCAGAUCAGGGAUUAUUUAUAGCACGUUCAUUUUAAUCCUGUUGAAUCCUUCGGGGAGGCAGAGAUGGAGGCAGGUGUGGAGGGCUUUCGGUAUCACGGAAAAAUAACUCAGAUGUUCUAGAAACCAGUUACUCAGGAAAAAAAAAAAAAAGCAUCACCGAGCAGCUGAUAUGGAAAAAAUUAUUAGUGACUGAUUCAGAUGAUUCACUUCGGUUUAGUGACUUUAAAAAUCUUAGAACUGGAAAAUGCACGUUCACCCUGAAUCCGAGCAGCGUUUGAAUAUUCAGUCUGAGCCUUUUCUAACUCCCACAUGGGCUGAAACAUGAUUUUAUAUCAGAUGAAUCUGGUUUAAAGCAAAAAACAACGAUUGCAGAUUCUGGCAGCCCGGCUGGAUGUGUAGUUAUUGUUCAUCUUCUGGAAACUCUUAUCUUCUGAUCACGAUAGAGCAACACCCUGUUUUCUGAUGUAUCCGUCGGUGCUCCUCUGCCAUCCCUUGGGUUUGAUCCAGUUGUCAUGGUAACACGCUGCAGCCUCACCGACCCAAAUACCCCAAAAUGAGGAUUAUAUCAUGACAAGGAUGUGGCGUCCCAUAUUGAGCAUGGUUGUGUUAGUUUGCGCUCAUCUUAGCGGUCGCUGCAGCCCUUCUCCCGUCUGUGCGGCGGCGUUCUGGCUGUUUGCUCCGGUGAGGGAGGAGAUUAGAGGAAGUUUUGAUAAACAGGUUUAUGAAUUGGACUCUGCUCCCCGCCGCUGCACUCACCAAACAAACCUCACAAUAUGCAAGCUCUCCGUACUCUCACAAAGCAGCAGUUGUUCAAAAAAAACAAAAAAGGCAUUUCUCUCCAAAAGUGUGUGCACGUGUCGAUCUGAGCGCCUUCAGUCGCAUUCGACGGUCAGUUGGGGAGCAGGAGCGGAUCCUGGUGGUGUUUUGAAUGUAUAGUGUUCAUGUCUCUACAGUAGCAUAGACGAUAUUAGACCACGCACAGAAUCAUUUCUUUAAAAGUGUCUCGGUGGUAUGGCUGGUGCUGUUAUAGUUUACGUCUUUUCUGUUUCCUGAAUCAUUCCACAUCAGCAUCUCGUCCGCACCGAGGCGGACAAACACUAUAAAUCAGCCUUGUUUGAUACGGCCAGCAGGUUCUUCAUGUUAGCGUCACGUCUGUGUUGCAUCGCACCGUUUUGUCUUUACAACAAGUCCUUCCCUUAGGGAGACAGCGAGUUAUCAUAAACACUAAUAGCUGCGGUUAUCUUCGAUGCAAAACUCUUGAAUAUUAAAAGUGUUAAGGUGCUCUGUUUACGCCUCUUCCAGUAUCGACGCUCUGUGAGGUCACUGCACAGGUUUCAGGGUGGUGUUGUUCUCGUGAAGGGUUCAUAAGACGAAUCAUUUGCUAACGCUUUGUGGAUCAGUUGUAAUACUUUAAUAAGAACAGCUUUCGGGUUGCCAGGUUGUGAAAAAUCCCCCUCGUGUUUGGUGAUUGUGCAGCUUUAAGGCUGGUAAGCGUCUAAAAGUCCAUCCCUGCUGCAGCUGUACAUGCUAAUGAAGUUCACCGACUGAUUAAUUGGACGUGGAGUUUGGUUUAGAUGCAAUGCAGCCGACCGAGCUUCAUUUUCUGGUAUAAAACGUUAGCAAAUGAUUUAAUAACUGAAACCUACUCGACUUAUAGACCCUUUAUGAGAAGUCUUACGUUAAAAAGUGGCGCUGAUUCUGCUUUUUUUCCAUUUUGGUGACAGUAAAACUUGAGCUUGUUGGAUCAUCUCUACACAGAGCGUAUCCACGUUUGGGUCGACAGCUGCACAAAGCUGCACAGAAUUCCCGUUAAGAUUUUGACAUUCGAAGCAUUCCGUCACAACGAGUUCAUGAGGAUUCUCUCCCACCGUCUCUCGCUGCUGUGAAUUAAGCCAUGACAUCUGUGCAGAGCAGUUGCACUCGAUAAUUGAUGCUCGCGUUAAUGAAGCUUCCUGGCUAAAGGAAACCUCUUUUUUUUUUGUUUACCAUCUCAUUACCUGCGUGCAGCAUCCAUCAGAGCGGAGAGUUCUGUCUGUGCGUGCACUGAGUAUUUAUUAGUUCCUAGCAAUAACUCGACUGCCCGGGAGCAGGACUUGUUUUCGCCUGACUGGUCAGACAAGGUCUUCCUCCGUCGUCUCCCGGCAGGCGCUGGUUUGUUUCGGACACAAACGCGAGGGCGCUGAGGGGUUGCAUUCAGAAGGAUAGGAGCCAGCGUGACGCAUCAUUUCCUCCAGUAUUACAGCCGAACAAAUGUGUACAAAUUGCUGUGUUGAUGGGGUGUGUUGUUGGGGUUUUUGUGUUCUUUCUAUUAACUGGUGACCAUUUGUAACUCUACAGUUUUCCUGUAAUGACAUGUUGAUAUAACUCUUAAGUGUGACUCGGCGGUUCGUUUCAGUGACGUAGAUUCGAGGGGUCGAAGUGGGCUUUUGGGUUCUCAGCAGCAGGAAUGAUGGGGGAGGGAGACGAACAAUUCAAGACUUCCUGAACUAAAGGGCUUGAACCAGGAGGCUUUUUUUUUUUUUUUUGUGCGACUGCGUGUGUUUGCGUGAGCGUGUGCAGGAAAUGGGUUUCGUUGUGGGUUUUCCAGCUGUGUACGAGCACGGUGGUGUGUUCUGUUUCUUCUUCGCGGUGCAGGUACACGAUCAGCUGGACGGUACUUGAGCUUUGGUUCUGUUGCACUUUAAAAAACAAAAAACAGUGUUGGUGUCCACUUACAAGACUCACAACUGCUUAGUAUUACACUUAAAACAGACAUUUUUGUGCGUGGAAACCCUUUUAUUGUGUUUCUUCCUGAAAUACAACGUUCCUGAUCUCCUCAUGAUCCCAUCUUUCGAAGAACAAUCUUGGGAAUUCGUCAUUCGUCGCCCCUUGACUAUUAAUUUAAUUGUUCUACAACCCUUUAAAGAUAUAAGAAAAGCUGAAUGUCAUUCUCUUCCUGAUUGUAAUCUGAUGAUCUCCCCGGUUAUUUAGAAUCUGUUGUGACAUAGACGUUUGCACCUUUCCUGCCCUGAAAAUUGUAAGAAAACCCGUUUAUCUGACCCAGGUCUGUACCCAGCUUUUGGACUUUGGAUGUACAUAUUUGUGAGCGCGGCCUCCUCGGUGGGCUUCGUCUUUUUUACGGAUAACAAGCUGAGCUGAAAGCGUUUUGUUGUGCAUGUAAGCAAGUACCUGGCGAUGCUGUAAACAGGUUGACAUAUUACCGGUAUAUUGCCAGUUUUGGUUUCAGUCAAGCAUGCUGUUUUAUUUUAUUUUUUUUAAAUCAUCUAUCCGACGUGUUUUCUUUCCGCCUGUUUACUUUUAUAGCCUAGUGUGUAUGAAAAUGAAAGUUUAGCGCUUACCUUGAUAUUAAAUUAAACAUAUAGACGCCCAAAGCAAGAAAAUGGACACAAAUAAAUCAAACUAUUACCCCGUGAUUUUUUUAUUUUUAUUUUUUAAAGUAGAACAAUGAAAUAAAUUCCUAAAAAAAAAGUGCUAACUGACUUCAUCACGUCCAAGUGUCCUCUGAGUAGAAGUAGGCCGAUCUGUUGCUAACGUGUCGUGUGGUUGUACAAUCAUGUCAUCAUUUCUAUUUAUUGCAGUGUAACCGGCAGGGUGGUGGUGAAGACAGUCUGUAUUGCUAACAUGCCCGUUUUCUGCUGUUUCUAUGAAGGCAUAUUGAAAAGUUGAGUCUUUUUUUGUAAUAAGAGAAAAAGCCCCGGCUGCUGUUCUUUCAACUGCAGGUUAAACAUCAUCUUGACGCCAGUUUUUCAGGGAUGUUCCCCGUCUGAGGAUCACCGGGGCGUCUCGUCACUUUGAUCUUCUGAAGGUCUUUCAUCUUCCCCGAGCAUCGUGUCGGCUGUUUGAUCAGCGGAGCAGCUUUUUUCUGGUUGUCACACAUAAAAAAAACAAGAAACAGGAGCACUUGUACUUAGACGUGAUGCCACAUAAUCAGAAAAAUGACCCCAAGUUUAGUGUCUUGUUGAACACGGGACCAGUGUUUAGAUGAAGACGGUACACUCUAAUGUCGUUCUUUUUUUUCUCCUUAUGCUUUUGUAAAAACAGCUACUUUGCAAACCAAUAAACUUCUCAUCUUGGAAA